CAACGAUUUUACAUCUGAUAAUGUUUGUUGUUUCCCUUUGUUCAAGUGUAUGCUGAUAAAGAGGGUUGCAGACGUAACUUAUUGGUCCAGUGCAAUGUGCUUAUAUGCUAGCUAGUAAAUUUAGGUAUAAUUUCAACAUCCGUUAGCUGUUUGUUAAAUACGGAAUAUCUGCCGGAUCUUUAAUUUUGUGAAACCAGAGACCAGGUUGAAAACGGUAUCAUUAACAAAGCUAGACCACAGACUGUUCAUAAAGCCUGCAUCCCUUCCAGCACUGUGCAGAAGGAGCUCUGUCACACUGCUGGCAAUGCCUGAACAGAAAAAGAGAGACAUGGAUCUGUCCACACCUCCUGCAGGUGUGCGUGGCAUGACCCAGCUCGACCGGGGUGCUUUCAGGAAAACCAUCUCAGUCCCAGCUAUCAAAGUGAAGAAGGAAGUCAUAAACAAACUAAUGAAAUCUCUUAAGAAUGUAGCACUGCAGCGGCCAGGCAUAAAGCGUGUGGUGGAGGACCCUGACGAUGAAAACCACAGGCUUGUGCUUCUGGAUCCCUUUACCAUUUCAUCAGCUAGCUGCUUUGGUGAGUCAGAAAAAGCUGCAAUGAAACAGCUUGAGGUCAGCACUGAGAUUCACACAUAUGACUUGGAGCUGGCUUACGAAAACUUCAAGAGCGAGGAGGUCUUGCGUGCUGUUUUACCCGAGGGCCAGGAUGUAACGUAUGGAUUCAGCAGAGUAGGACACAUCGCUCACAUGAACCUUCGAGAGCACCAGCUGCCAUUCAAGAGUCUGAUUGGACAAGUUAUAAUUGACAAGAAUUCUAGCAUAACAUCUGUAGUCAAUAAAACCAAUAUAAUUGACACCACUUACCGGAACUUUCAGAUGGAAGUUCUUGCUGGAGAAGACAACAUGGCUACAAAGGUCAGAGAGAAUAGUGUUACCUAUGAGUUUGAUUUCUCUAAAGUCUACUGGAAUUCUCGACUGAGCACAGAGCAUGAGAGGAUAGUCAGCCUCCUGGAGCCAGGGGACACAGUGUUUGAUGUCUUUGCUGGGGUCGGACCUUUCGCCAUUCCAGCGGCCAGGAAAAGUUGUUCAGUGUUCGCCAACGACCUCAACCCUGAGUCUUACAAAUGGCUGCAGCAUAACUGCAAACUGAACAAAGUAGACAAAAAGAUACAUGUAUUUAACCUGGAUGGUAGGGACUUUAUUCUAGGAGCAGUGAAAGAACAAUUAACUGAACGGCUGCAUAAAGCAACGACACAGAAAAAAAACACUGUUCACAUAGUCAUGAACCUGCCAGCUUUAGCUAUCGAAUUCCUUGAUGCUUUUAAAAAUCUUCUUGAAAACCAGCCAUCUGGUGAUUCCAGCCUGCCGUUCGUGCAUUGCUACGGUUUUUCUAAGCAUGAUAACCCUGCCCGGGACAUUCAGGAACGGGCUGAAGGCUUUUUGGGAACGUCUCUGGAGGGUCACUGCACAGUUCAUCUGGUGCGGAACGUGGCUCCAAACAAGGAAAUGAUGUGCAUAAGCUUCCAGGUCCCACCAGAGGUGCUCUUCAGGAACCGUUCAGAAGAGCAAGAUAAUCCAGAGGAACCGGCCCCUAAGCGUCAGAAGUGUGAUGGUCCGGAUUCACCCUAGAAUCAUGAUAAAACAGAAUGGGGUAUAACAUCGAGAGUCUUAUCCAAAAUAAUCUGCAACAUUGAAAUAGCUUUUAUAAAAAGAGGACCAUUAAAGUAUUUGUUUUAAUUAUGGAUCCAUCUCAGCUGAUUUUAGUUUGGUUUCCCAAAAGACUUCAUAUACAGUACAGAAUGAUGGACUUAAAGAUAU